UGCGUUGCAUUAGUUGGCGUGUGUGCCGCGGGGCGCUGGGGGCGCGGGCGGCGCGGAGCGUGUGUUAAGAACCGCCAUGAUUGUGCUGCGGUUCCCAGUCGCCUGAUGCAGUGUUUUUCCUUCAAACAUUUCUUUGUGUGUAUUGGAAAAGCAAAACCAACAAAAUGGGCACAUCCUAGGUGGUGCCCCCCAUAUUUUGCGGUGGGCUGUGGCCCGCUCGGCCCCCCGUGAAGUGAAUUAUGAAGUGUUUUGUGGCGGCGCGGGUGUGCUGAUAUUUGUGCUGCCAACAUGAGCAAGUUUCGGGCGAGGCAGCUCGAUGCCUCAAAACCUAUUCCUGUGUAUAUGCAAGAGGAUAUUCCGGACUUUGCCGAAUUCAAUGCAAUCAACAGGACAGUGCCGCAGAUGCCUACGGGCAUGGAAAAGGAGGAAGAAACGGAACAUCACCUGCAGCAGGCCAUCUUCCAUCAGCGUGUGAUUCCGGUGCCUGAGGUGUAUGAGUGGGGUGCCGAAGAUCCCUCCGUCCUUGACAGAAUGUACCCUCCCAACUAUAAGGCACCCCGACAGCUUAUCCACAUCCAUCCGUUCUCAGCGGACCAGGACAUACCUGAGUAUGACAUGGAUUCUGAGGAUGAGGAGUGGCUUAACCAACAUGCUGCCAAAGGGGAGGUACCUCUCACCAAUCUUCAAUUUGAAGAAAUGAUGGACCGCUUAGAAAAGGCUUCUGGGUUGAAAGCUGUCACCCUACAGGAGGCCAAGGUGCUUUUGAAAGAUGAUGACGACCUCAUCAUUGCCGUAUAUGACUACUGGCUAAAUAAGCGGCUCAGACUGACACACGCACUCAUACCACAGGUGAAAACAGAAAAAGGUUCCGGCUCCAAUUCCAGCGAUCCUUAUGUUGCAUUUCGUAAAAGAACUGAGAAAAUGCAGACUAGAAAGAACCGCAAGAAUGACGAGUCUAGUUAUGAGAAAAUGCUCAAACUUAGAAGAGAUCUUUCCAGAGCAGUCCUCUUGCUGGAUAUGGUGAAGAGAAGAGAAAAGGCCAAGAGGGAGUAUCUAAACCUGAACAUUGAGGUGUUUGAAAGAAGGUAUGAGGUGCAAGACUUCUCUGGGUCAUUGUUAGCAGAGGUCAGUACUCCACGAACUCAACGACCGGCUUUUGCUCCCUUGUUCUCCAACCACCAGCUGUCAUCAGGAACCGCUUCAGCGAGUGCUACGUCCAGUGGCUCUUGGGUUAAGGUUGCCCCAAUAUCACAUUCCAGCAAGGAGGAUGGAAAGAGAGACCGGAGAACAUACAAAAAACGCGCCAGAAGACACCAUACUCAAAUCUCCUCCUCAGCCUCAUCCACACCCCCUACACCCCAGCUCACCCCUACAUACAAUCAUCCACCUGACCCUUAUACCAUAGCUGCCACAUACCCACAGGAUCCCCUUGGGUAUGCCCCUCCAAGCUCUGAGGAUGAAGUUGCUUCUCCCUCACAGUCAGAAGCAGAGGAGGAAAAUGAACCAGAUGGUGUCUUUACAUUUAGGAGGAAAAAAUAUACCAAUUACCAUGCACCUCGAGAAGGAAACUGGCCUUGGGUUUCCCCUGAUGAAGGUGGAGGAGGUGAUCCAAGGUUUAGGUUUUCACUCACCUCCCUGUCAUAUCCUACUCGUCGAUGUGUUGGGUUUGCUCGCCGCAGACGUGGUAGAGGAGGCAGAAUGUGGUUAGAUAGAUUAAGCUCCCCUCUUGAUGAUCUUUGGUUCAAGACGGACUUCAGAGAUGUGGGGCCAAAUGGUCUCACAACAACUAGUGAUUUCCUCCAUGAGGUUAAAACAGAAUGGCCACACUUCUGUCCACGUUCUCCCCCUGAGGACAACGACACAGAUGUUGAAAUAGAUGUGGAGACUGUUGGAGUUCCUGUCACCCUAACACCAGAUGUCAGCCUCAACUCUGCCUCGUCCCCAGAGGAACUAAAUCUGACAGCUGCGCUGCCGUCCUCUGUUUUCAUCUCGGCAGAAAUUUUGGAAGGUGAUGCUGCUGGAAACAUAACAGAAUUAGAAGUGUCUAUACCAUCAGAAUUGGAUACUUUACUCAACAGUGACUCAGGAGUGCUUCUUGAGGAGAACUUAGAAGUGGAUCUAGUGACUGAAAAUAGCAAUGGAACCAGAAGUGGUGGUAGUAGUGGUGGUGGUGGGGCAAAUGAUGGUUCUAAUCCAAGUGGUGGUGUGACUUUGGAUGAUCUCUCCAAUAGUGAAUGGGCAUCAAAUUUUAGCAGUACAAGUGAUAGACUACAGCAACAUUCCGUAGAUUUCACCACUCAACCCACAUCAAAGUUUGUGACGCUAGACUCAACUAACACGCUUCCCUUGGCAGUAUCGGGGCUUCAACUUAGUACAAGCAAUGUGACGGGUGAUGAGAUUCAUUCUUCCACAUUUCCUUCAUCCUCAUCAUCAUCAUCUGCAACAUCAUCAUCUUUAACAUCCACAUCCUCUUCUUCCUCCACUUCUUUACCUACUUCCUCAGCAACUAGUCUAAGUAACAGCUUACUGUGUGCCUCCUCCAAUGCUAUAAGUGACAAGGUUGGCAGCGAAUGUUCAAACAGUGAUGGUAGCAAAGUGAAAACAUCUGCACACCAAGAAUCUUCGUCAGCUGAUGCUUUGAAUGUAUCCAGUGGACUCUUAUUAUCUAAUAAUAAAAAUAAUGGUAGCAACGUCAUAAGUAGUGCGACCACAAAUAAUUUGGUGUCUCAAAAGAUCUUAUCAUCAACCCGGACAAAUGACAGCUUACCAAAUAGUGAAAGCAACAGCAGUGCAACAGUUUUAACAAAUGGACCAAGUAAUUCUUUUGAUGGCUCAAAAUGUGCUAAAGUGGAUCAUUAUAUGUUUCAUGAAACUUGAAUACUGUCCUAAAAUUAACAUUGACCAGAUUUUUUUUUCCAAUUUAUUUCAUGUCUAACUUAUUUUUAUACCGAAUGCACAAGGAAAUAAUAAGAUGUGUUGAUUAUUCCAUGUC